AUGCGGGGCUUCACAUUCUCUGGUCCCGUGUCAAGACGCCUAGAGGAAGAGGAGGAGGAGGAGGAGGAGGGCGGACAGAAGGACGAUGCAUAUGGAGUCCAAGCGACUGCAGCAUUCGCUAGCUUCCAACCCGGGGCUGUGUUUGAAAAAGAAGAGGUUAAAAGUGGAUGGAGGAGUUUGUGCUGUUGGAAAGUCGGGCUCCCGGUCUUUAACUCUGGGGGACUCAUGAAACGAUGGUGCUGAAGGGAAACACGGGUGGUGCCCCGUUUGUACCCAGCAUGAGAAUACCAGGCCGGUCAAAGUCAUUGGAAGCAAGUCGGACAAGACGUCGGUGCUUUUUCAGGCUGCUUACCCUGUCAAGAGUGGACCUAAAAUGACAUCCUAUUUAUUAAUGUAAAGAAAAAAAGAGCGAAGAAUCGAUCAAGCUAAUGUUGAGGGAUGUUUUUCUCUGCUAAAAAAAGACCCAAAGAAAAGACAUCUAGUGUUAAAUAGCAGGAAAGGAUCAGCAGAUGUCAUAAAUCAGGAAUGUGAUCUCCUUUAUGAAAAGAAAUGCAGCUUUUGACUUUGAACAGCUCUCAGUCUGCACUUUGCCUGUUUGGAGGCACCCUGGCACUGCAUUUGGUGUGAUUUCUUCUUAAAGUUCACAGCCUGUGAAGUUUUUUUCUGUUUGACCAAAACUGGGACUGGGAUUAGAUUAACCACAUCUGUAUUUUGCUGGCAUUUAUGUUCAUCUAAAGAGAUAAGAGCAUUUUAUACUGAUAAUUUUAACCCUUGUGCUGCCCUUCAGGGUCAAAAAGACCCAGUCAGUAUACCCUCGCCCUAUUGGGGUGAAUUUAGCCUCCAGUCAGCGUGGACUAAGAUAACCCAUGACUCCUGAUUGUUUUACCCCGCCUGGGUCGAAUAGACCCCAGUCAAGUAUGGAUUUGAGAAUCGUAAACUCGCGCCCCUGCCCUCGGCAGGGUCAAAUAUACCCCACCGUGGUGUACAUAGCCUUUUUUUUUUUUUUUUCAUUUAUUUAUUUAUUUAUUUAUUUUUACUCAUUUGAACUCAUGACUCCUGACGUUCCAGCGCGCAUCUCAAACAGCAUAAACCCCUGGACCCGAUUCUCGCUCAUCCAGUCAAGUAUCCUGUGGUGGUGGCGGCGUUGAGGACCCCCUGUAUUUUACAGCGUGAGGACUGUAAAAAAAAAAAAACAUAAAGCUCUAGGUUUUACUUUCAAGGCUACACUACAUAUAGAGACUAAGAAAACUUGGAAACUUGGAGGACUGGAAAAAAAAUAAAUAAAUAAAAUAAUUUUUAGGAAAGGAUGUCGGUAUCAACAAAAGUUCCAUCUCAAGAGUUGAGUAGAAUAGAGUGAAAACUGUAUUCAUCACGGCAGGGAAACUUAGAGAGUGUCAGAGAGCUUGCAAAUACAGAUAACAACAGCCGCACUACCUAAUUCAUAUAAAUGAGCACAACCUAUCACAAAAUAAAGGCAGUACAGUGAAAAGGCAAGGGGAAUUUGUUUUUACACACGCUUUUGUCUCAGAGAGUUUCACAUAGCAUUAUAAUGCCAACAUCAUCUGCCCUUAGACCCUCACGUCAACUGAGGAAAAAUGGAGAAAUAAGACAAAAAAAAAUUGGAGAAACCUCAGGGUGAGCAACACAGGAGAGAUCCCCUCACCCAGGACGGGGCAGACCUGCAACAGAGGUUCUAUACAGACAAAAACAAACAAACAAAAAAAAAACGGGUUUACUACACAUAAUGUGCCGAACACGACAUUCCAUUGUUGCCUAACAGGAAAACAGAAAAGUUUUCUCAAAAGUGUUGAACACCGACAAAAAGGACCGUAGAGGAGAGACUACAGUACAGUAAGUAUUCUAUAUGUAUCUAUCUAUCUAUCUAUCUAUCUAUCUAUGUAAAGACAUGAAUAUAUUUGCAUUUUUCGUGACUCGUGCGCCCUGAGAGUGGCAGCAAGUCACAGCAGCUCCUCACAGAGUUCGCGUUUUUGCCUUCUUAUUGUUGUUUUUUUGCACCUCAUUUAUACCCUUAUUGUUAUAACUGCAUGUUUGCACUUUUUGUCUUGUCUGUGAUGCUGCUGUGACAAAAAAAAUUUCCCCAUGGGGGGAUCAAUAAAGGAAUAUUCUAUUCUAUUCUAUUUGUGUUUGUUCAUCUUCUCACUCUGUGUGCUUUUAAAGCAAGGGAAUGGCUGUGAUAGCUCCAACAAAACAAUGUGAACGCGUAGUAGUGUAGGGUAUUGUGAAUUCCUAGAACGACAAAAUCUGUUCGGAUUUUGGACAAAACCUGUUCGGAUUUUAGAUCAACUCAGAAAUCCAGUCAAACAAUAAAGUUUCUCUCUCUCUCUCUCUCUCUCUCUCUCUCUCUCUCUCUCUCUCUCUCUCUCCCUCCCCCCUCUCUCAACAUGCGGUAACUGGCUCUCUCUUUCCCUUCACAGUCGCGCUGCAUUUCACAGGGCCGCUUCAUUCCGUUAUUGCCUAGGAGGACAGAAAACAGAAAAGUUUUUCUCAAAAGUGUUGCAGACCGACAACCGGGACCGUAGAGGACAGACCAGAGAACAGUAAGUGUUCUAUAUCUAUCUGUCCCCCGCUCCAGGAUUUGGCCUCUGACGCGCCGCACGUCGACGGAGAGGAGCAGGAAAGUGCGCUCUACCCCCCGGUCACGUCGUCUCUCAGCCUACGCGUCCGUUCUUCUCGUCAGCUGAGCCGGCGACGGCAUGGGGACGGAAAGGACGGACCCGUGGUUCUGAGACGACGCGUCCCCCGCUCCAGGAUUCGGCCUCUGACGCGCCGCACGUCGACGGAGAGGAGCAGGAAAGUGCGCCUCCGCGGCUACGGUCCAAGACCGUCCCGAGGAGGGGAAAGCGCCGAAGGCGAGUUUGGAAAAAGGGAAAAACGCGGGACGGAGGAUUCGUCUGCGAGUCGACGUGCUGAGAAACCCCCGACGCUCUCCUGUUCCCGUUCCGGCCGGCUACCGCCGCGAAGACGUUCUCGACGAGGGAGAAAAGGGCGCGCGACUGCGGCCGAACGUGUGGCGCGCGGAUGGAGACGGAUGGAGGACGCCUGGGCUUUAGAGGUAAGAUGUGUGUGACCUGUGCGCGUGUGUUUUCUACACUGCCUGUGUAUUCUACACUGCCUGUGUAUUCUUUUUUUGUUUGUUUGUUUGUCCCCGCUCCUCGUGUUCGGCCUCUGACCCGCCGCGAGUCGACGGAGAGGAGCAGGAAAGUGCGCUCUCCCCCUUCCCCGGGGGCGUCCGGCCUCCGAGGGCGGCCUCCGCGGCUACGGUCCAAGACCGUCCCGAGGAGGGGAAAACGCCGAAGGUGAGUUUGAAAAACGGAAAAACGCGGGACGGAGGAUUCGUCUGCGAAUCGACAAGAAAACCCCGACGCUCUCCUGUUCCCGUUCCGGCCGGCCUCCGCGGCUACCGCCGCGAAGACGUUCUCGACGCGGGAGAAAAGGCGCGCGACUGCGGCUGAGCGUGUGGCGCGCAUCCUGUGAGGAACGGACGGAGAGAGAGAGGGAAAGAAAGAAAGAAAGAGACAAAGGUUUCAAAGAUUUUUUUUUUAUUUUAUUUUCAUUUCUAAGAGCAGAAAAUACUGUAAAGAUGUCUCAACGCCAACAGAAAGAAAGUGUUUGUACAUAAAAAGUGUUUUCAAAUGAAAAAAAAAUUAUAUAUAUAUAUAUAUAUAUAUAUAUAUAUAUUUAAACAUUAUUUUAUUUAUUUAUUUAUUUUUAAAAAACUACACCUUGCUUCAUCAUACAGUGUUGUUUUUUUUUCUUUCCUCACUGCAGUGUCCCAGAAUGGUGAGGCUUAGCGAAGAGGACAACGCCUGGGCUCCAGAGGCACGAGUCGGCACCCCACCGUAGGGAGUGAAACCACUGUAUCACUCGGUCAGUUGUAAAACACAAAAGUUUGAAUUGUAUAAUCGGCAGAGGUUGGAGAGCGUCGGAGUUGUCGUGUCGUCUCUAAGCCAACGUGUCUGUUCUUCUCUUCCACUGAACCGGUUGCGUUUUACUUUGCACAUUUCAGUCAGGAAGGUGAGCGGCUGGUUCGGAGUUAGAGAAGAACGAAUUCGUGGUUCUGAGAUGACGUGUCCCCGCUCCUCAUAUUUAGUCCUCUGACACAAAGACAUCACAAAAUGUGGACUCGAUAUCACUGACUGUGCUGACUCUGUGUGUGAGUGUGUGUGUGUGUGAGUGUGUGUGUGUGAGUGUGUGUGUGUGUGUGUGUGUGCGUGUGUGUGUGUGUGUGUGUGUGUGUUCCGCACUGCCUGUGCGAGUUUCUCUUUUUGGUUUUACAGCGCUCUCUGCAUGACCGGCCAUUCUGUGAGGGAAGAAGAGAGAAAGACACACGAAGUUUCUCCAGAUUUUAUUUUUCAAUUCUAAGAGCAGAAAAUAUUGCGAAGACGUCUGAACACCAAAAGAAAGAAAGUGUUUGUACAUAAAAAGUGCUUUACAAAUACAUUUUUUUUUUUAAAAGCACGCCUGUCCAAGGCUCGGUGAGGUUUAGGGAAGAGGACAACGCCUGGGCUCCAGAGGCACGAGUCGGCAUCCCACAUGCCGUCGUCGCCGUUACCGCCGUCGACCGGCCCACCCGGACCGACUGAAUAUUCUCUCGUCCACGCCCGCGACAUCGCCUCCGCUUUUUUCAUGUUCGUCACCCCGUCGAUAGAACGCAUCAUCUUGGAGAUGACUAAUUUGGAGGGAUGACGGAAAAUCGGAGACGGCUGGAAACGCAUGGAUGCCGUCGACCUUCGCGCCUACAUGGGGCUGCUGCUUUUAGCCGGCGUCUACAGGUCCCGAGGCGAGGCGACCGCCAGCUUGUGGGACGCUGAGAGCGGACGGUCCAUCUUCCGCGCCACGAUGCCGCUGAAAGUGUUUCACGCCUACUCUAGACUGCUGAGAUUCGACGACCGCGAGUCGAGACCCGCCAGAACCUGGGCAUGCGGGUCGUGCUCGAUGUCACCGAGGGACUGAGGGAUUGCAACGUCACCUGCGACAAUUUCUUCACCUCUUACGAACUCGGGCAGCAGCUGCUGAAAAGGAACAUGACCAUGGUGGGCACCGUUCGAAAAAACAAGCCGGAGCUCCCCCGGCCCUUCUCUCGCCGAAGGGAAGAGCGGUGUUCUCGUCGAAAUUCGCCUUCACGUCGACCACUGCCGCGGUCUCUUACGUGCCCAAGAAAAACAAAAACGUGCUGCUGGUUAGCACGAAGCACACGGAGGCCGAAGUCAGCGACCGCCGCGACAGAAAGCCGGUCAUCAUACUGGACUACAACCGCUGCAAAGGAGGUGUCGAUAACCUCGACAAGGUGAUCGGAACCUACAGCUGCAGAAGGAUGACGGCUCGCUGGCCCCUGGUCGUGUUCCACAACAUCCUCGACGUUUCCUCCUACAAUGCCUUUGUGAUAUGGAGAGAACUAAACCCCGAAUGGAUGCCUCAGAAGCGGAACAAGAGAAGGGUGUUCCUAGAGCGGCUGGGAAAGGCGCUGGUGACUCCGUUGAUAGAAAGAAGGGAGCGUCUCCCUCGCACGGAAGCGUCAGCGGAAGUCGUCCGAGUCGUUCGUAGCGCCGCGUCUAGAUCUAGAACUUGCGGUGAGGGCGAGGGCGAGGGCGAGGACGCCGCCGGAGCGGCGUCGGGAGCGGACGGCCCGACCGGGGCGAGGAAGAGGAAGAGGUGUCAGUUUUGCCCGCGGGCGAAGGACAACAAAACUUCUACCAUGUGCAGCGGGUGUAAGAAAUAUAUCUGCAAAAGUUGUUCGCUCCCGUACUGCGCUGAGUGUGCCGCUGAGAAUUUGGAGACGGGUUGAUCGCCGACACACGCACACACACACACGCACACACAUGCACACACACACACGCACGCACGCACGCACACACCAUGUGUGACCCCUCGAGACGUGGGAUGCGGUCGGUUGAACUGUCCGCAACCGGGGUGACUAGUUUUAGAGGCAGAGAGGCAGCCUGGCAGGACCGCAUCAGAAGAGGAAAUACUUACGACUUUCCAAAGAUGAAAAUGUCACGGGAACUGCCGAAAAGACACGAGAGCAUGAUGAACAGCGAGGACCCGGACAUUGAGGUUGUUGGUGGCGACGUGGGUAAAAAGCUACACUUUAACCCCGUUAGAGCGGCAGUGGCAUUACAGCUGUGCAGAAAGCUCAAGGUAGACUGUAGAAAGAGGUAUAGCAAAUUCACGGAUGUCUGUGAAUUAGGAGCUCCUUGUAAGAACGUGAAGAUUAAAAGCGACGGGAAUUGCUUCUUUAGGGCAGUCAGUGUAGCCGUGAGCGGUACCGAACGCCAUCACGGAAGAAUAAGAGAAGCUGUGGUGAAUCACUUGCAAAGCAAUGAAGCUGCGUACGCCAACAUUCUGAGAAGGGGUUACCUUUCGGUGUCGGACUUCGUCGACGCAUCUGAAAUCGGCUCUCCAGGAAGUUGGGCGACAGAGGUUGAGAUUCAAGCGACGGCGGAUUAUUUGGGCGUCGACGUAUUCACGUAUUACACCGACCGUUGGCUUCGGUACAGUUGCGACAGCGUUCGGGUCUCUAAACAGGGGAUUUAUUUAGCGAAUAGCGGCAGCCAUUACGAGACCGUCGUUUGUGUCACAAGUCCUCCGAAGCGGUCUUGUUGCGGCUACUGCAAACUAGGCGUAGUUGCGUCAGACACGUACGAUUGUCUGACCUCAAAUUCUGCCUACGCCGAUUCUGCAUCUCGAUCCGAGAUUGCUUCGCCGUCACCGACAUCGAUUCGUCCGGAUAACACGGUGUCUGUGAAUGACGUCGACUACUGCGAAAAGGCGAGCGAUGAGCGCGAGGAGGGGUCCCGCCGCUCUGACGAGCGUCGAGCUGCGAGGGAUUUUUAUCGAGAUGCCGACAGUCCUCGGAGCCGCUACGAGUAUGACGAUUACCGCAGUGACGCCGCCGAGCUAGACGUCGGAGGACGCUUCGGCGAAGAUGAGGCCUGGGAGAAUAAUCCUGACGAAGAGCGUGACCGCUAUGGAUGGCUAUCAAGGAGACGUGUAGAAAAUUAUAUUAUCGUUGAAAAUAUGGAGCAUCGUCCCUACGGCGAUAGCCUUGUAACUCCGGGCGACGCGGAGGAUACCGCCGAAGCUGAUUUACCGCGUAACAGCGUUGCGGAUUGGCGUGAACUUUUCGACCGCUCUGAUGAGCGUCGAACUCCGAGGGACUGGGAGGGCACGAGUGACCGCGAUGCCGACUUUUACCGAGAUUCUAACAGUCCUUGGAGUCGCCGUGAGUAUGACGAUUACCGCAGUGACGCUGCAGAGCUAGAAGUCGAAGGGCGCUUCGGUGAAGAUGAGGCCUGGAGGAAUACUCCCGACGUAGAGGGCACGAGUGACCGCGAUGCCGACUUUUACCGAGAUUCUAACGGUCCUCGGAGCCGCCGUGAGUAUGACGAUUACCGCAGUGACGCUGCGGAGCUAGAAGUCGAAGGGCGCUUCGGUGAAGAUGAGGCCUGGAGGAACUAUCUAUCGGCUAUCGGAAAGACACGUAGAAGGUGACGUUGUUGAAGACGAGGAGUGUUAUCCCUACGGCGAUAGCCUCGGAACUCCAGGUGACGCGGAAGAUACCGGUGAAGCUGAUUUGCCACGUGACGGCUUUAUGAUCGGUCCGAACUUUUAAACGAUGAGAUCUGUAUCGCGCUGUGGGAUUGCGAGGAAGAAGUUCGAGAGGAGUUUGGCUCGAAUGACCGCUACGCAGCUACCUGCCGCUGGACCGAAUUGGAGGAAUCGUGGAAAUCGUUUGUCGGUUGGCUGGGUGAGCGCUGGUGGGGCUCGGUGUCGGAAGAGUCCGUCAGGACCUUCAUGGAUUCAUCCGAGAGACGUCGCGUCAGGGAUAUCGUCGUCUCGGCGUGCUUCGGUGACACGCCCGGGGGAGUUUGUUCUUUCACAGUGAAGACCGAAAGCGGCCUGCUGUCACUUCCUUUGCUUAUCCGUCGAAGACGCUACGUGUGCACCGACUUGGCGGAAGGUGAUUUUUCGUGUCCGAUCAACAUGUUGAGAAAGCUGGCCCGUGAAACCUACACACACUUGCUCCCCCGACCCACAACGAUACCUUCCGAUCCCCAGAGCUUUUCUCUUACACGGGUAGUGGAUGAUAUGUGGAGCGUUUUAGAAUUGGUGAAAAGCGGAUGGAGUGACGUUUCCCGACCCCAUCGCAUAAUACAGUAUCUACAAAACAAGGAAGGACCCUCUGUUACGCCAGCGGCGUUAAUUUGCUGCGUAGAUGAUGACAGUCUGGGAUACCUGUUUGAGAUUAUAGACGCCAAGGGGAAGAGUCUGAAAGUAACAUUUGAUAAAUGGGGCUUCACGUUUGGAUCGGGUCUACAUUUCUCCGGACUCACAAGUCUGCUGUCACAUAUCUGUGAGGUCGAUGGAGUACACUUUGUGAUUAACUGUAGAUUCUUGCUCACUGCGAGCGAACCGGAGCGUCCGAUGUAA